AUGGACUUGUUAGACUACGAAACAGACUCUUCCGAUUCAGACUCCAACACCGAGCCCAGCCCCACCCCUCCUCCGCCUCUUGGAAUUCCAUCUUUUGUUGCAUAUUCAGAAAACUAUAACAUGAACCAACGCAGGCUUGGAACCUCGUUUCUCUUUCUAUUGUGCGACAUCAAUCAAGCUGCUAGAUUGAGUCUACGCAAAUCCCUUGCAGCAUCCACGAAGGCCAUUGAAGAUACCGUGCCUGGAUUCCAUAAACUUUACGAUUUGGACAACACCGUUGAUCAGUUGAGUCAGACGGGAAGUGCUUUAGGUGCUUGUAAUACAAAUAUCGCCAAACGUCUUCAUGUUACCUUGUUUCCACUCGUUCUGGGACAGGUUCAUCAAAUCAAGCAGUUCGAGUCCAAUUUGACGCGACGCAUGAAGCUGUGGACGCCGCCAGAGAAGCUUGUGACCAAGGGGAAUGUCUUGAGUGCCAUGCUAGGCGACGACGGCGGGAGAGGAGCAGGUGGGGCGAGAAUCAAACUUGCAAUGGAGCUGAGAUUCCAGAUCAUGACUCUGAAGACGCCCAAUGUUCUCUUUGUGGUCUCUAGAUGUAGAAUCACUCCAGAAAGCGAGCUACUUCUCAAGGGCUUGAGCGGUCUCAUAGGGGAACAGGCGGACAAUCUCAAUCUCAAAUAUGACUGGUGGAAUAAUGUUGGCGUUAAAGGCAUCGAUGAAUGCAAGUAUCAUGUCUCGUUUAUGACUUAUACUCUUAAACGGCCCGGCACAGCCGUGAGCUUUAAGCAGAUCAGCGACAUACAGUCGGCUUUCAAAAAACUACCGCCUAUUUCAAAUCUCUCGAUUGAAACUGACAGCAUGGUGGUAGUUGGCACCAACCAGCGUUACUUCAAGGUCCCAUUGGCGUGA